AUCGCGUGACCCUAUAGAAACUGAAGAUUUGCUUCUCUUACAAAUGGCCUCCUUGUUGGGGCGACUAAUAUAAAUCUAUUCGGAUCAGACAUUUCGGGGGAAGUACUGUCCUGUUUGGAGAGUCUGCGUUCGGUUGGGGGUGAUCUGCUGUGUUUGUUACAUAAAGAGUAAAUACAACAAUUACAAGUGGUUCGCCUGAUGAGCAAAGCUAAAAGUUCAGAGGGCCAGUCAUGUCCGCCACUGCAGUCAACGCAGGCACCGCUCGAGGUGCCAAAGACAAGAGGAGUGGCUAUUCCUCUCUCAAUCUGAACUAUAAAUCUGGUGGCCGAGGGGACUCUAAAGGUUAUGGCAAGUCUGGUCAUGGAAUGCAAAGUCUGGGUCGAGUGGGUCCGUCGAUUCGCCGUAUGCCAAACCCCGCCUCUCUCCCCAGCCUCCGCAGUGAGAACUCAGGCAACGACCCAUCUGUAGCUCUAGUCCCGGCCGGGGGAAGUGGCUGGAAGAGCUCUGGAGAGGGCAAAGAAAAAGAAGAAGCCUCUAGCGGCAGUUCAUCAAAUGUGGAGCAAAAAAUAGAAGAAGUACCUACUGUGCAGCAACCCCCCAAGCCAGUCGUAAAAGGUCCCUCGGAGGGCCCGGGGCGAAUGUUUAAGUCUGAGUUUCCAUCGCUUGGGGAACACGGAGGCCCGGGGAGGAGAGUAGUUGAAGAGAAACAGAGGGGACGCAAAGAGAAGGGUGGUGGUGAGAGAGGACGAGGAGAAGGGCACGGAGCCGAGGGAUGGACCCAAGGUCCCGGAGAAAAGAUGUGGCGAGAGCACCCUCCUCCCCCUGUAACUGGUCCCCACGGUCAUUCGAUGGGACCACCCCCUCCUGGUGGGGGACACUUUGGACCAUAUCCCCCACAAGGCCCCUACCCCCCUCACCAGUACAUCAUGCCGCCACCUCACAGACAGGGCCCGUAUCCGAACAUGCCGCCUCCUCCUCCGAUGGGUGCUGGUGGUCGUGGGGGAGGUGGUCGCUACCCCCCACCCAUGCAUUACAGACCACAUUAUCCCCCACAUCCCAACUUCCAACAGAACCCCUACGAAAUGCCACCUGAAAAGUACCGUAGUCACCAUGGCGACGACAAUGUGAGUCGGCCACCUACCAUCAAAGCUGACGAGCUACAACAGCUGGACGUGGGAGAAGAGGAUGUUGGGGGCUGGGCGGGGCAUCACGAGGAAGUUGACUACUCCAAGGAGGUGGUCUUCAGUGACUCGUCUGAUGAGGAAUCAGAGGGAAGAGACAGGAAAGAAUCAUCAAAGCCAAGAGACAAGGCCAAAUCAAAGGGCCAUGUGAAAUCACCUGUGAAGAAGCCGAAAGAGCAAAUUGAAGUAGUUCCCCAGCAAGAUCAAACAUCUGAAAAAUUGCGAACUCAUAGGUCACAUGACCAGGGUAGGGAGCCACAUGAGAGACCACGUGAUCGUGAAAGAGACCCACAUAAUGCUGAGGGACCACCCAGGCACAAUAUGCCUCCAUAUCCCCCCCCUUACCCCCCGUACCAAUAUUAUCCUGGAUACCCCCCCAUUUAUCAUCAAGGGCCACCCUUUCCAGUGCCCCCUCAACAACAACACAGCUAUUCUCAGCCCCCGCACCCACGCUACCCUCGUCGAGGUAACCCGGACGAUAUGGAUUGGAGACGUGAAGACGAUGAACGACCUAAAAAAGAUGACAAGAACUUGGCGGAAGAGAGGCCUCGAAUUUUAACAAAGCCACGAUCUUCUACUGACCAAGAAGUUGAGUCUGUCCUUAAAAACAGUGAGGAUAAACCUCCGUCUCUGCAGAGAACUGUAAGCGCUUCGUCUGACACUCCGAAACACGUAACAUUCGACGAUGGCCAGUCCCCCACAUCUGAUAACCAAGCAUCCAACGUUCCCGCAAGAAGAGCACCUCAAAAACGAGUCAUGCUACGAAAACUUGGCGAUCAAGAUGUGGAAUCACAAGCUGAGAGAGGUGCUGGUAGAAAAGGUAAAGAUGGACAGAAUACUGGAAGUGAGUCUGCUGGUGAAGGUGGGGAGCCUUUAACACCUGAUGCUGACACUAAAUCGAAACCAGCGGCAUGGACGACUGAACGAGCAGGAGGGCCAGGUAAACUGUACGAGCCUGAAGGAAAAAAGAGUGCUGCAAAAUUUAUGAAGUACCAGGCACAGAGCCGAGGAAGAGCAGACAGUCGGGGGUCACAGGGGUCUACAACGCCCACUGCUGAAGUUGAAGGAGGGGGAGCUAUCACUCCAGACUUAAAAACUAAACAAUUGGAAGGAGGUCGGCAGCAAACACAGUCUCCAGCUGAUAUUUCUGAGCAACAAAAGCAAGAGCCAGAGAAAUUGAAUCGAAACCAGCAGGACGGAAAUCGAAAGUCAUUUCCAGAGCGAUCUGGGCCGAACAGAGAAGAUCACAGAGAUGAAAGAGGAAAGCAUGAUCAGAAAAGAAGUGAUAGACCUUUGCGUGACGGAAAGAGAGGUUCUGACUCACAAAGAGGACAUCAAAAAGGAAAGGACAUUUCAAAAGCAGACUCUUCUGACUCACAAAGAGGACAUCAAAAAGGAAAGGACUUUUCAAAAGCAGACUCUGGUGGACUUGAAAGACGUCGGGAAAAUCGUCGUAAUGAAGUGCCGUCUCGUGGUGAUGAUAGACCACCUCAUUCAGAUCAAAGAAGAGACAAACCUCGCAAAGACACUCACAGGGGGGCAAGAAGUGGUACCCCUGAAAAGAAAAUUGAGAACACUGAACCCCUGAAAAAACCUGUAGUGGAGCCGUCUAAACCAGUCACUGCAGAAACUGUAACUCAGCCUCGGAAUAAAACACCAGUGCAUAUCGAAGGCACGGCCAAACCAGCGGCUCCUGAAGAAUAUAGACAAAGUGAUCGCGGCCAUCGUACAAGGGGAGAGAGAGAUACUCGUCCAACAAGGGGUCACCCGAGGGAACGUGAUGGAGCUGGCAGAGCUCACAACCCAAAGCAUGGCUCCAGCUGGAAUGAGGACAGCAGAAUAGAAGAUAGAAGAACUCAGCCACAGGAAAAAAGAAGAGGUAUAUCCAUUGCAGGUCCUUUGAAGCAACCUCCUAUGGAGCGCAACACUCGUGCACCCGCUCCCCAGAAGCCGAAAUACACUGAAGAAAAACCCUUCACUCACAAAGACACUGAGAAAGGCUACCCUGCACAUGGCUACAGUGAAGUGUACGAUAUAGAGAGUGAUCCUGAAUUAGACGAAUCUUUGCCUUUGAAACAAGCUGACCCUAAACUAACAGUUCCCGAGAGAGCCAGAGAAGGACAGCCUCUAUUACCCACCCCACCAAUCGAAAAGAGGGGGAUUAAUUCAACGUGGGCUAGUCAACACAAUAAGGAGACUCCGAGAAAGCAUGGCAAAGGUCGUGAUGGAGAGGUGGAGGAGGGACGAAAGGAACAGCCUGUUCCUUACGACCUACGAGACAAAAUACGAGGCAAUGUGGGGGGUCGAGGAAGAGGCGAGGCUCAACGAGAUCGAAGAGGCGGUAGUGAGGGUACUAAAUAUGAAGGGAGAAGGCAGCAGCAAUUGGGAGAGCCAAUAAAAAAUCGGAACCCUGUGAAAACUGGUAGUGAUGGUGAUAAAACUGGAACAAAGGCUCCAUUGCAUACAUUUGUUGAUAAACUGGAUUCCAUACCGACAUCUGACUCUUCUUUGCAGCUGUCUCAUAGCUCUAAAGACUUUGGGAAGUAUGAUUUGAAUUCUCACAACAUUGUGAUCGUGGAUGAACUAGAUCCUUUGUUAGAGGGCCGAUUCUCGCCACCUGGACAGGGAGAAUUCACAGAGGUCACCUCGAAAAAGACGCAAAAAGAAAAAAAUCGAAAGGAUAAAGAGGAGCAAAGAAAGCAAGAAGAGAAACAGAGAGAAGAAGAUAAACGGAAGAGGAGGUACCCGAACAAACCAUCAGCUGACAAGGCUUCCGCCUCGGACAACAAACCACUCACAGCUUGGAGCAACACUUGUAACCCAUCCUGGAAAGACAGCUCCCUCCCUAAGGCUAACUCGGCUCCUGGCUCACAACUCGCAAAAUCAUUCACCUCCACUGCACCUGCUGUAGGAGUCAUUGGUCAAACAUUGCCUACUAAAGAAGCUGUACCGCACACUGCCGAACUGAAGCCAGCUGAUGUACAACAUUACACACUGUUUGGUGAUCCUCCAUUGCACCCUUUCCCCACCUCGUAUCCAGCUACUGCUAGCGGCGGGGCAAGUCUGCUCGAAUCUGCCAUUGACUCAGCUGUUCCUAACACAUCUGCACGAACAAUUAAUCAAGUACCUACUGUAGAAGAGGCUUCCAAAAAGAGCACUGCACCUGAAAAAUCACCGCACCCCCCAAGCACAUCAACAAGGUCUCAAUCUGAACUCAAGUCAAAGGAUAGUAGUAGCUCGAUUAAGAGUGAUGCUCCAAGAUCUGGAAAAAAUCUUCCUCCUCGUUUAAAGUCCCAAAAUGUGACAGGAAGUGGUCGUGGUCGAGCAAGACGUGACGUUAGAGAGAAGAGGAGACCUGGUAGACAGAGUGCUGAGGAGCGUGGUCACGGUGGUCAGAAGGAGCGAGGGAGAGAGGAGCAGCCACGAGCUAAGCAGAGUGGCCCCAGCUCCCGUCCCCAGGCCUCAAACUCUACUCCCCAGUUGCCUGACCCUCUAAACGAGCCUGAACGAUUCUACGUACACCCCCAGCGAAGAGGGGACCCAAAGACAACGGAAGAGUCUUCUAAACAGCGCCCGCCCUCAAAGGCUACUGAUGCUGGCUCUGCCUGCUCUCAACUGUUGCAGGUUGUCCCAGUAGAAGACCACGCCCCCAGAUCACCCUCUCUUGUGUCCGUGGCAACUGGGCAACAGCCGCUGAGAGCAGGCAGCAGCUCGGCCGUCAGAUGUGAGCAUGUGAGUGUGGGGGAGAAAGAUGAGAAAUGUGAGACGAGUAGACCAAUGUCGAGUAGCAGUUCAAGUACAGUUAAUUCUCUGAGAGUCGAUACUUACAAAUCUAAAGGGGUUAGGCCUAUAUCUGCCCCUCAGCAAACUAAAAGUGUUGUAUCCAAAACUUUCUCGUAUGCACAAGCAUUGAAGUCCGUUGGACAACCUAGUAGCACGCCCUCUAGCAGUCGUAUCAGUUCCCGAAGUGAAACACCUCCUGUGAGCCCAUUUUGUGCUCAGCACUGGAUUGAUGACAAGAGCAUGCCUAGUUCACCAUCAAGCAUGCCGUCUGAGGCUAAGGUUGAUGUUGGUAAGAGUAUUUCUAAAGAUGAUAUUAUUCCCAGUUUGUCUCAAAUGUCUGGUUUGGAGUCGAUCGACGAAGAGAUACCUGUAUAUUUGAAAUCACCAAAUCGUAUUGAUGAUACAAAUGUUGUUGUUGUUGAUGUUUCUAAUGAUAAAACUUUGGUAGAAGAGCAAGAAAUUGAUAUUAUGGGGACAAAAUCACCUGGUAUUGAUUUGGUUGUUAACGAUUGUACUCCUGGUCAUGUGAGCAUGGUUAGUACUGUUCACGAUAGGUUGGCUACUACUGACAUGCAUGAACAGUAUGUGGUUGAUUUUAAUGUACAUGUACCAUCACCUAUUUUGGUGUCAAGGACAGAAGCCUCAGAAGUUAAAGAAGUACAUAUUGAUAAAAUGCCUCUUACCAAAUCAGCUGAUAGUAGUGUCAUGGAGUCUAAUACUGAUGUUCUGACAGAUGAAACCAUCCCACCAAAAGACGAUGUUGAAGGUAUUGUGAUGUUGCAAUCGAAUGUGAAUGUGAAUAUGACUGUUGAUAUAGAUAAUGAGAGUAUUCAAAGUCAGCCCCAGUCUGACAGCUCUGCUCCUGUUAAAGCCCAUCCAUCUCAACUUCCAACUGCUCAUGUUCUUCCCAUGCCUCAUAAAGUUGUUCCUAACACUCAAGCUAUUGUGCCAUCUCACCCUUACACCACUGCAUCUUUUUCACACCACCCUUUCCAGCAUUCGAGUCCUGUGUCACAUACUGCUGUAUCCCCACACCCCCUUACUAGUGUGCCUGCACAUCACUACAUAAAUGUAGCAUCGCAUCCCCACAUCGCUCCCCACGCUCAUCAUCCACACCUCCUCACAACUAUGCCCCCACCUCCUCGUGUCACCCUCCCUCAUCCCAGUAUGCAGCUAAACCCUUCUCUUCACACUCAACAACUCAUGAUGUCAUCGCAUCCCGGAGAGCUUCAAAAGCACCCAUUGAUAACAACGCCAACAUAUAUGCCAGAACCAGCUUUUUCUAACAAUCCUGCUUUGUUUGGAGCACCCCCUGGAAUUAGAAUGCCACCCCCUGGAAGACCAGUGCUACCGUCUCCCACACGACCCAUUAUGAGUACCAAAAGUCAUGAACAGCUCGAAGCAAUAGCUAAAGUUAAAGAACACAUGGCUGUCACCAAUGCAAUUGAUGCACAGAGGAAAACCAAGAACAGUAAAGCUGAUCCACAAGGAAACAUAGGAAUGGAACAGAGACAGUUUCGUCAAAGAACUUCAGAAAUGGGUAUUAUGGAGCAAGUUUCUGUUAGACCGCCUCAAAUGUAUCCGACACAGUAUCCUUCAUCUGUUCAAGCCUCAGUACCAAACCAAGGAUUGUAUCAGAAGCCGUUAUUGUCUCGACCACCCCCCACUCGACAGCAAGCUCUCCUAUCCGGGACUGGGGAAUCCUUUCCCCCUCGUUUCCCGCAACCAGUGACUCAACAGCAAUUAGCUUCAUUUAAGCGUGCACAAGCCAUCCAUGCCUUAUUACAGCAACAAUUACAGCAACAGCAAGUUCAAAAAAUUGCUGCUAGCAAUGCUUAUGCCGCUAUGAGUCAGAGUGGGCGUGGUAUACCCAUUGGACCACACCCUGGAUACUCGGUACCACAUCCUAAUCCUUCGACACAAGGAAACGUACAAGUCAAGAGUGCCUUCUCCCCGUACCAUCCCACUCAGUAUCAUCCUAAGAACUCGACUGAGCCUAUUCGAAGCGUCCCACAACCGCAACCCCUCUCACAGUCUCAGACAGCUCCUGUUGAAAUGCCACCGAUACAAGCCCAAGAACUACCAACAAAUGAAGACGAGGGUACAAUUACUCCAGAAAAUCGUGAGGCAAGUGUUGAUUCCACUAAAUCUGGUCUUAGUGCCGCAGCCACCCCAUUUGUUCCUUCUUUAGUUUCUGAAAAUAAAGAAAAACAGCAAAUUGUGGCAACCAAGUCUAAUGAGCCUAUUUCAGUUCCCGAAAGACCUCUCCUCCCCAACCCGGCUUUGUAUCAACAAAACAUUCCAUCAAGGACCCCUCAGGCUACUUUCCCUGCUAUGAAUCAACCCGUUGGUGUAGGUGCUACGGCUUUCAUGAGACAAGCGCAACUCCCAAUGCCUCUCCCGCAGCAGAUGGUUUCUCGAGCAAUGGCAGUAGCUGCCGGACAACAGAGAAAGAUCCCCAUGGGCACAAUGCAUCCAGGGCAUGUACUACAAGCAAAUGAAGCUCAAUUGCUAGCUUUGCAGCACCAACAACUCUUGGAGCGUAAUAUGUACUUGGCAAAGCAGUCUGAAGGGGCACUACCUACUGCUCAUUUACCCCCAGAAAUUCGUCGUGUUGAUCAGAGAAAGGGAUAUUUUCCUCCCAAUGUGGCUUUGGAACAGCAAGCUAAAUAUGCGCAUCGAAUGUCUACCCACAAGAACAGGCUCCAACAAGAAAUGGCAAAUACAGCACAGUCGAAUGCACUUUUGAACGCUCAACUUUCGUCUAACCCGAGACGAACUGCGUUGCUCCCAACUCCAAGUACAGCUACUCUCUUGCUUACUAAUCCCCCGAGGCUCUCUCAGAGUGGUCAACCGUGGCCGGGCACGCACCCUCACCAAGUUAUGAAUCCUGGAUCGCUUUUGACUCAAGAACAACUGCAAAGAAUGAGGUACAAUGCUGGAAUGGGUGCAGGACCCACUGGGCGUCAAUAUUGAGUGGAAAGUGAAUUGAUUGCCUGCCUGAUAAUUGCCUAACAACUUCGAAUACAUGUGUACGUAUGUAAGCGUAUUAUUGUUUACAUUAUAAUAUUAAAUGUCUUUCACUGUACAAUCAAAUAAUCUAUCUCAUAUCAGGUACUUUCAGAAAUCAAAUUUCCAAUAAUUUUGUGCACAUUGUUUUGGUAUUGAUGUUAUUUAUUUCUCCA